UGUUGUCAUUUUUAAAAGGCGUAAUAGUUGUAGACGUAAUGUGAAAUUCCCGCCAUCAGAUCACUGGUUGUGCUGCACGUUCGGAAUUUGGUGUAUUUACUUUCAGUUUGUGUUAUUUAUAUUCAUUUCUUUCGUUAAUGUUGUUGUUGUCGAUAAGUCGUUUGCUAGCGCCACUCAAAGAUUUGAACUGAAUCAUCGUUUUACGUCUUUGAGGCUAUGGUUUGUCCGUACACUCAUCUAGAUAAUCCAUCUUUUUUGUAAUGCAAUGAAGAGUGUGAUAGAUGACUACUUUGGACAGGGUCCAAAAAGCGACAAACGCGGUGUGGUUCCGUCUACCAAAGUGACACCUGAAAAGUCUGAGGAAAGUCACAUUUCAGCAGGAACAUUAAAGAGUACUGACGAGGAUGUGGUAGUUAAUGGAAAAGAAAACACUAUGUCCAAAGACAAAGGCUGCAAAACUCCGGUGGGAAAAUCCAAAUCAGCGAGUUGCAAUAAUCCUUUGAAAGGUAGAAGAAGUCAGAAGAAAAAAUGUGCUGCUACCCCCAAACACUUUCUCCAGGAAGACAAUCUCGAGCAGAACACUGUAUUAAAUUGCGCUGAAACAAAGGAUGGGAUAGCCUCCCCCAAAAGUUUUGCUUUUAAAAUCAGAAUUAAGUCUAAAGAACAGUGUCUCAAUGAUGAAGAUUUUAGCUCCCCAGAGCAAGCUGUAGUAGCAUCUAAUAUGCAUACUAAAGAACUGGGGAGUCCUCAGGGUACUAUGUUCAAAUAUUUAGUACCCCAGAAGAAUAGUUCAGAUCCUGAAAAAGAUUGUGGCUCUAGUAGUAAAGUUAAAGUGAACAUUUCAGACUUUUUCAGUCCCGCCAAAGAUAAAAAAUCUGAUGCUGAUCAUUUAAAGAAGAGUGGAGACAGUUUCAUUAGCUCCAACAAUGACAUUGGAAAGGAAACAAAAAAGGCAGGAGACGAGAAGAAAGCUAUUACUCCACCCUCAACAUCAAAAUUGGUCAAAAAGACAACCAAAAGAUCCCUAUCCAUCUCUAAAAAUCGGAAAAAUACGAAAGAAACUAGUCCUUUACAGGUGAGUGAUUCAAACAUUACUGUCGCUUCUUCAGUUCAAAAUGUUAAGUCAGCAUCUAAACGGAAAACAAAGCCAACAAAGAAGUCUCUAUCACUUGCCAAACAUGAAGGAAAAGACGAAAAAAGUAUUCUAGAAGGACCUGCAAAGGCGCAGCUGGAAGGGAAAGCAUCAAGCGAAUUAAAUGUGUCCCAAUCUGUGACUAAUGCGUUUAAAAAAAUCAUGUCUAAAAGUAAUGAAGUUAAUGUAAUAGAUGUAUCACAAGACUUACUGUCCAAGAAACGUAAGCGUGGGGUAGAUGAUGAUGAUUGGGAUGGUAAUCUAGGAUGCCAACCUCUGAAAACUGUCAGAGAAGACUCACCUGUGAGAACAACAUCAAAGUCUUGUACACUUAAUCAGAUAAGUUGUGAUUCUGAUGAUAGUACGUCAUCUAUGUCAAAAGCCAAAAGUUUGAAGAACACAUCUUUGAACUCAGGAAGUGGAAACAAAGAGGAGCAAAGUGUUGCUUCUGAAUGUACCCUUAAAGUUGAAGAAUCUAAACGGAACAGUUUAAUGAGUUACUUCUCUAAAGUAUCAAAAGAGGAAGUUUUAUCAAAAGAAGAAAAGGUAGAAAUGAAAGUGAAAGCCCUAAUUCACUCACCUCCAACUACUCCUUCUAAAAAGGUGAAGAGGCGAAGUGUCAACAGUCUACCAGGGGGAGCUGCCUCUCUUGGCAAAAAGAAACCAAAUUUUAAAAACAAAUUGAAAGAAAGUAUUAAUGCUAUUGAUAUUAUUGACAAUGAUGAAGGGACACUCAGUGAUAUGGGUAAAGACAAUCUCUCUCUACCAAAGGACAAAAAGCCAUCAAGCCCCUCUUCUGUGAAACAGAAAAGUUUGAUGCAUAAUGCUAACACCUCACCCAAAAAGUUUGUGCUAGGUCAAUCAGUUGAUUUAUCCAAUGGAAAGCAUGGCAUCUCUCCCAAAACAAAAAAGAAGUCUCUAUCCAAGAACAGGGUGAAAAAGGAAGCAAAGAACAAUGGCACAGGUUUGACUAAGUCUCAAAAGGUUACAAAUGUUAAAGAUGCUGAUGAAGAAUGUCUUGCUACCCCAAUUGCCAACUUUUCUGAGGAGCCAGAGGCAGAUGUUUCUAAAACUACCCCAAAUAUUCAAAUACCCUGGACGUUAAAAGUAUGCCUCACACCCCUACCACUUCCUACAACUCAAGGAACUUUGUUAGAAGAGGAGAGUGACAGUGAUGAAAUAUUUUUAUUCAGGCAGGAUAAAAAAAGGAAAGUAGAGAAACAGCUAGAAACUGAAAGAUUGAGCAGCAAAAAUGCUGAUCCAAACUCACCUAAUGAUAAAUCUUCUUCACCAGAUAUAAUUUUUGAAAAAGAGACAGAUGUAAAGAUAGCGUCUCUAUUUACUCGGAAGGCUGACACUCAGGCUCGUCAGCUUUUCUUACAGAGUGGAGUACCGGAACAGGUUAAACGUACUCUUGAAACUCAGCGCAGUUUUGAGGAGCAAGAAGUAGAAAUCUUUCCUAAGAAAAGUCAUAUUCAGCAAAAAGAUGAUGAGUGGACCUGGAGCCUACCCUUUGUCAGUAUCCCUUUAACACUCAGCCAUGAGGAAGAAAUUCCUCUUCCAUCAUGCAAAUUUUCACUUAAAAAUUUUAAUGGCGGCUAUGACAUUUUGGAUGAAAUUGAUCCCAUUAUGUCAGCUAGCUGUAAAGGUCCAGGGAUGAGAAUAAGGUUUGGAUUGCCUACGGAUGUCGUUAGACCUAUUCUCAGGAUCAUCAAGCAAAACUCACAAAAUUUUGUGGUUGUCAAUACAUUUAAAACAUUGAAGAAAAAGUUUAAAGAAGAUGACUUUUUUAAAGCAGCAGCUCUGUCAGCUUUUUCUGAUGUUCAAAAACCAAAGAGAAAGUCAGCUAACAGAAAAUCAUUAAAUUCAAAACUGAAUACAUCUCUGCCAGUCUUUCGAGCCCAUUUAUGGACAGAGAAAUACAAACCAUCUACUGCAAAUGAAAUUGUUGGGAACAAUGGAAGUGUCCAGCAACUUAAACGGUGGCUUGAAGCUUGGCGUAAAGCCAGUGAAGACUGUUGUAACCUCGCUAAACAACCAAUCAAAGAGGAUAUGAAACGGAGGAAGAGGAAGAAAGACCUGCUCGAUGAUGAUGACUUCUUAGUAUCAGACAACAGCUCUGAUGGGGUAAACAGUAAUUUACCAUUAAGUGUUGCUGUGCUAUAUGGCCCAAAUGGCAAUGGAAAAACAAGUACAGUAUAUGCCCUGGCCAAAGAUCUUGGCUACAAAGUGUUGGAAGUUAAUGCAUCAGAAAAACGAAAUGGAAAACUUGUACUUUCUAAACUAGCAGAGGCUACACAAUCUCAUCAAGUUCAACAAGGCAACUCAGCAGAGCAAGGGUUUGCUGCUCUGUUUGGCAAAAACCUAAAUCCUGUUAAAAAUAAGAAAUCAAACAAGGCAUUGAAAAGUAAUUCUGACUUGGAUGAAGAAAAAGCCAAAAAAAUGAGCCUUAUUCUUUUCGAAGAUAUUGACAUAGUAUUUGAAGAAGAGGAUGAGGGGUUUCUAUCAGCAGUGACAAACCUUGUGUCUAUGUCAAAGCGCCCUGUCAUACUCACUACCACAGAUCCUGAGAGUCCUAUGGUUAAUCGUUUCAUGAAUAGCUCUAGUUUAAUUCUUCACUUCUCUUGUCCUCCAAACUUAAUAUCUUCGUGGCUUCAAAUUGUAUCUGUUGUUGAAGGAAUAUAUGUUGCACCUGAAACUGUACAAGACCUGGUUUAUCUUUGCAAAGGAGAUUUUCGGCGAGCACUCCUUCAAAUGCAAUUGUGGGUCAUGUCUGGAGCUAAUAAUUUGUUGAUGCCCUCUCUACCAACACUGAAUCAUAAAGCUAAAAAGAAUUCAAAACAUAAUGAUAGUGAUGACAUAAGUGACAAUGAUGAUGAAAGUACUGAAUUUUGCCCUCCUUCAAUACCAGCAAACACAAAUUGUAUUGCUGCAAUGCUGAGCAGAAGUUCUAGUACCGAAACUAAUGCAGAAACAGCAAUCACUUCUGUGGAAGUACCAUAUCCAUUAGAUCUUGGCUUGUUUUGGUGGAACCUACCCCCUAUCUUGUCCUUAAAACAAGUUGAGCAUGCUCAGCUUCCUGAGAAGCCUAAGGAAGAUCUCUCGGCUCCAGGACAUAGACGAAUGCUGGAUGAUUCUUUCAUUGCUAGCUUCUGUACAGAUGAUGGAAACACCACUGACAGUUAUUGCACAAAUGAUGAGUCAGAUGCUACAUGUAGCCAAGCUACAAGUAUAGGAGAAUCUGGGGAGUCGCAAAAUGACGAAAAGACACCUUGCAAUGUUGAUUUAACGAGUAUCGAGCCAAAGUCAUACAAAACGUGUUGUAGCCAAGAAGAGAUGACUGCUAUGCUUCACCAAAUGCAUAUUAUAUCUACCAUUGAUGUAAUUGCUGUUUCAUGCCGGUUACUCAAUGCUUCUGGUGUAGAACCUAUUUCAAGGUUCUCUCACCCUAAUUUGAAAGACAGCCUGUCUUUAGUCAAGGUAGAGGUUGAAGGUCCUAGUUAUUUAAUGAACUCAACUGCUGAAGACAUUUGUCACUGGUUAGGUGAACAAAGUUUGAAUAAUACUAAAAGUUCCUUUAAACUAGUAAAUUUGGAUAGGCCUGUGUGUUACAACAGUUGUCUACCCAACCAAGAGGAACAUAGGUGGAGAGAUGCUCAUUCUGAAACAGAGCAAGCAGCUCUCCAUGCCCUACCCAUGUGUAUGAGACUGGAAAGCCGAGCCAUUUCCACUGACUAUUUGCCAGCUCUUAGAACAUUCUGCCGCCUUGAAAGAAAUCGUAGCAUAAUUAAUACUAAGCGGCGUAAUAGGUUUUAUCAUUAUCUUAAGAGUUUAGGGGCUCACCUGUCAGAACUACAGCUUGAAUUGCUUUGUCACACUAUGUGUGAUAUGAGUUAAAUGAAAUUGCAUUACUAUUUUCACAAAAAUCACUUAUGUACUGUAUGGUAAAGGUUGUCAAGUCAAAUAUUAUUGCAUAUCAUUAUGAUAUCAAUCUGUUUUAUGUUUUGAUGUGCUGUUUAAGGCCUUUUUAGUCAGACCAAUUCAUUUUUUUAUGGAAGUUAGACCAAGUUGGUUUCCGGAUAGUUACCAAUUUGUUAUAUCCAAACAUCCUUUGUUUCCUGGACUUAGUUAUUUCAGAACUUACUAGAUGUCAGUCACUAGUAAUAUAAAGGAAACAGAACUUUUAUGCAUAUAUUUUACUUCACAACGGACUAAGCGUUGAGGUAUGAUAUUAUGUGGGUAAUAUGUGAUCUUCAUUAAGGUUUCUAUGUGUAGUUAGACUACCAUGGUUAUAUUAUUUAACUCUGUAGGGAGACUUCUAAUAAAUAUUUAGUUUUAUCUUA